CUGGUACAAUCUUAACUGCUGUCCCAACGGCCAGAAAUGCUCCGGCUCCUGGCCAGCACAUUGCUGUCCGGAUGGUAUGUGUCGCAUCCUCCCGCUGCCCAGAAGAUGGCUGUUGGUACGGUAGUUCUAACCCGCUUGGUGUCCACCCAAAUGUAGACGAGCCGUGCGAGACGACGGUAAUGAAUCUCCCCGUCUGUGCCAACAGUGAUUGGAAAAUGUACCAUCUUGGGAAAACAGACUACUACUUCUGCUGUCCGCAGGGCAUGGUCGGACUUAUUCCGGACUCUGGCAGGACCGGUAUCUGCCAGGAGGAAGGCGCCCGCGUCCCGAAAAGCAUGUUGGCCACCGUCGCAUCGCAGUUUGGCGCUGGGCCGACGCAGUCAAGCGGAGGGGCGGGCAACGGUGGCGGGACUGGGACUACCGGGGCGCCUGGGAGUGGUUCUUCCGGCGGCACCAACGGCAACGGCAACAGCAACGACGGCGAUGGCGGGACGACGGCAGGAUCAAGCGGCAGUUCCAACAGCGGCGGCGGUUCUGGAGGGGUGUCGACGGGGGCCAUCGCAGGCAUUGCCGUCGGAGGCGUCGCAUUCCUUGCGCUCGUGGUUGCCCUGCUUCUGUGGUUUCACAGACGAAGUCUGAGGAGACAUCCGGCUACAGAACGUGCCGGAGCUGCCCAUCCCCCGAACCUGCCACAGGAGCCCCUCAAGGACGUUGGAGCGGCCCAAGUCCAUCAUGUGCAGGGGCAGCAUGACGUGUCCCAGGCGGUGCAGUACCCGAUGUACAGCUCUCUGACACCCCAGGGAGCGGCUCCGGCGUACAAUCCCCCGCGGACUGUUGCCGAGGUGGCUGCAGUGUCACGGGCGUACGAGAUGGAGGCGUCUCGGCCUUCAAAUGCUGCGGGCGGCAAGGAGUAAUGAACAGGGAGAAUUCCAGUUACUUUUUCCACCAAGUAUCUGUCACCAUGAUGCUUGAAUGUUGGGUUGGUGAUGUGUGGUUAUAUAUCUCCAUAAAGUAGCGCGGUAUUGGCAGGACAGGUUGGAAUCAUUAAGAUCCCAUAUCCUCGGGCAGUGUCAGGGAUGGAAAAGCGACACCAGCGUCAAACCUCCCAACCGUACGUACUCUAGAGUUUUGAACCUUGUGCUGAAGGCC